UAAUAGUCACUGCUUUGGAGCUACUGCGCAUGUUCCAGGUCCACGCAGCCUCCAUCUUGAACAUCCUAGAGCAGAGCGAGGACAAGAAAACAUAUAUACUGUUUGUUUUGUUGUUUUUUUUAACAUGUAUUAAUAAAUAUCGCAGUGGGUGAAAAACAUAUAAACGAAACUGCUAAUAGCUGUUAUUUGAUCGGUCGCCUGAAGCUACUGACUGAAGAGACUGCGCGAUUCGUAAUGAUGGCUUGCUAUUUGCAAUCAGCUGUAUUGUAGAAUUCCAUAUUAAUUUGUUUGUAAACGGUCCCAAAAAAUAAUUGUUGCUAGAAAAUAUAAUACUAAGAAAGCAUUUCCUGUCAGGGUUGAUGUGUCAGAAAAUGAAGGUCUUAAAGCUGGCCUUUCUUCUCCUGGUCUUGUCGCUUUGGAUAGAUGACGGUUCUGCCAAAGAGAAGUCUUCAAAGAAAGGAAAGGGCAAAAGAAAGCAGCAUUUGUGCCCUUCAGAGCUGUCAAGUGAGGCUCUUGCACGAGUACCAGCCAACUCUACCAGCAACAUCUUGAACAGACUGCUGCUUACUUACGAUCCAAGAAUUCGGCCCAAUUUCAAAGGUAUUCCAGUGGAUGAUAAAGUUAACAUUUUCAUCAACAGUUUUGGUUCAAUUCAGGAAACAACAAUGGAUUACAGAGUAAACAUCUUCCUGAGGCAGCGGUGGAAUGAUCCCAGGCUCCGGCUACCAGCUGACUUCAAAUCAGAUGCUCUCACUGUAGAUCCAAAAAUGUUCAAAUGUCUCUGGAAACCGGAUUUGUUUUUCGCAAAUGAAAAGAAUGCCAAUUUCCAUGAUGUCACACAAGAAAACAUCCUGCUUUUUAUCUAUCGCAAUGGGGAUGUCCUCCUGAGUAUGAGGUUAUCUGUGACUCUCUCCUGCCCACUGGACUUAACUUUAUUUCCUAUGGAUACACAACGGUGCAAGAUGCAACUGGAAAGCUUUGGAUACACAACAGAUGACCUGCGGUUCAUAUGGCAGUCUGGAGACCCUGUUCAAAUGGAACAAAUUGCUUUACCCCAGUUUGAUAUUAAGCAGGAAAUUGAGUAUGGGAACUGCACAAAGUAUUAUAAAGGGACUGGUUACUACACCUGCGUGGAGGUAAUCUUCACUUUAAGGAGGCAGGUUGGAUUUUACAUGAUGGGUGUCUAUGCUCCUACUCUUCUGAUUGUGGUCCUCUCAUGGCUCUCAUUCUGGAUUAACCCUGAUGCUAGUGCUGCCAGAGUUCCGCUGGGAAUUUUCUCAGUGCUGAGUUUGUCAUCUGAAUGUACAUCUCUUGCUUCUGAACUCCCAAAGGUGUCCUAUGUAAAAGCAAUCGAUAUCUGGCUUAUCACCUGCCUUUUGUUCGGGUUUGCAUCCCUGGUUGAAUAUGCUGUAGUUCAGGUGAUGCUGAAUAGUCCCAAGAGGAUUGAGGCUGAAAAGGCUAAAAUGGCAAGCAAAGAACAAGCAGCGGGAAAAACUCCAGCAAAAAAGAAUACAGUAAAUGGAACAGGGUGUACCCCUGUUCAUAUCAGCACUAUGCAGGUUGCAGAAACUAGGUGCAAAAAGGUGUGCACAUCCAAAUCUGACCUGAGGUCUAAUGACUUUAGCAUCGUUGGAUCUUUGCCAAGAGAUUUUGAAUUGUCAAAUUAUGACUGUUACGGAAAACCCAUAGAAGUUGAAAGUGGCUUGGGGAAGUUGCAGGCCAAAAAUAACAAGAAGCCAUCUCCACCUAAGCCUGUCAUUCCAUCUGAAGCUAAAAGAAUUGACCUUUAUGCAAGGGCUGUGUUUCCUUUCACUUUCUUGUUCUUUAAUGUCAUAUACUGGUCUGCAUACUUGUGAGAAUUUUGUCAUCAAUGUAAUCCAUGUAAGAUAUGUUAACUUCUACCCUAGGGUCCGUCUGUGACAUUUUUUUCAUCUGUAAAAUAAUAUAUUGCAUUGUAGGUGCUAUGUAAUUGGAAGAAAACUUUUAAAUCAUCUACAUUUUGAAUGACAGCAUGACUGCAACAUCUGUGCUCAAGCCAAAAUAAGGUGUAAAUAGCUGUACAGCAAAUGCCCUUUUGGUAAUAUUGGGUAGGAAAUUGCAUUAAGCAUCUUGUGUGAAAAGUUUGUGAUGUAAUGCACAUUUGAGAUAUAUAUGAUAGAUAGAUAGAUAAUAUUCCUGAAAAUUCUCUUUUAAGGAAUGGUUAAUUACCUUGUUCUCAUAUUGAUGGUUGAUGGCAUUGUCCCCCUCAAAUGGGUAUUGUAAAAUAUCUUAAAACAAGCGCAGGUUGUGUUUGUGACAGUAAAUAUUAACUGCUCCCAUCUGUGUAGAAUCUUAAAAACUAAUAAAGGUCAAAUGUCAAAAAAUACAA